AAACAAACAAAAUUAAUGUUUAUUAACUUGUGAGUGUGAGAGAAACUUUUUGCCACUCUCAUGGUUGAGAAAGUAGCGCUUAAACUUGCUUCGUAAUCCAACAAUGAAAGAUUCACGUGUUGAAAUUAUAAAAGUUAAAAAAAAUGCAAUUAAUCAUAUGUAACUUUUUAGCUCUUUUAAUCGCAACACGCGCAACUGUCCUCGCGUUUAAUCGCGCGACUUUGUUCUAAACCGAAGUAAACGUGGAAAGGAACACAGGUUUAGCCAGAGAGCGUAUCUUAGUUUAAUUAUACAGCAUGUCUGAUAAAGGGGGUUCAAUUUCGAAAGUAGUUCAAAAACAUGCUGGACGCGCUAAAGAACGAUUAUUGCAGAAUUUGGGAAAAGCAGACAAGACCACUGAUGAUCUUUUUGAAAUAUAUGUUCACAAUUUCAAGAAACAGCAAAAUGGAGCACAUAAGCUUAACAAAGAGCUUAAGAAUUAUAUCUUCUGUGUUCGAGCAAUGCAAGCAGCUAGUAAGGGCCUUUUGGAUACCCUAAGUGAAACUUAUGAACAAGAAUGGGUAGGAUAUGAACAAAUCCCAGUCAAGGCUCAGAGCCUGGAGCUGUUGGUUGAAGACUUUUGUGUGAAGCUUACUGACCAAGUCUCUGCCCCAUUGAACUCUUACAUGAAUCAGUUUCCUGAUAUUAGGUCAAAAAUAGCUAAACGAAACAGAAAGAUGGUUGACUACGACAGCAGUAGGCAUAAUUUAGAAGCUCUGUUACAUUCUGGUAAGAAAAGAGAUGAAAUGAAAAUAGGAAAGGCCAGAGAACACCUUGAUGAAGCCAAACGUUCAUAUGAAGUUCUUAAUAAAGAACUGCACGAUGAUCUACCAUCACUAUAUGACAGCCGUAUUCCAUUCUUGGUAACGAACCUCCAGUCUUUCUUCGCAGCAGAAGCUGUCUUCCAUGGGGAAUGCACCAAAGUGUAUACACAGCUGAGUGACUUGAUGGAAAGGUUAGGCAUGGAAAAUCAGAAAGGCAGUUACAAAUCAAGAAAUUCAUGGAAAAUACACACCACUAAAAAACUUUUGUUAUUUUUUCAGGGGACUUUUGCUAUUGUAUUGUGGAACCAACUCUGUGGCCAGCAGUUUAUUGGACAUUAUUCAGGGUUCAGCCUAACAUGCAAUAGUAGAGAGAAUGCUAGUAUUGGAGGAGCUCCAUACAUCACAUCUAGGAAUGGUGGUAACUCAACAGUGACUAGCACAACCUCAUCAUUCCCCCCAACUACUCAUUCUUACAAUGUGUACCCAUAUGGUAGUAUGUUCAUUAGUAACAUACCAAGUGGGACCUCCACACACACUAGUCAAAGCCCAGAGUUUAUGUCCUCUUUGCCAAUACCCUCUUCAGUCAGUGGCAUGCCUCUCUGUGUACUUGCACCCAGUGGAUCUGCUACUCCAAUUAGUCAAUCUCCAUUGCCCCAGUUUACAGGUGGAGCUGUUGCCCCACCAUUUCCUAAUUUUCAUCCUCAAACUCCACCUUCUCAAAAUGGGUCUCAGGGAACCUCAGUUCCAUUCAUGGGGUACACAGUUUUGUCUCCACGACCACAAAUCCAUCCACCUAAUCCCACAAACCUAACUCCUAACACAUCUAGUCUUUCCAACUGUGCAGGGUUUGGCCCUAAUUUUAUGUCCAACUUUGCAUCAUUUCACCCAGGAUUUCCUGUUGGUGGGAAUGUGACAAACAGCACCCCCCAUCCACAGGGAGUACUUUCUUUCCAGUAUUCCACCCCUGUUCCAAGUGUUAGUAAAAGACACACCAACAUAGUCUUAGGCAAACCUAUGGAAGCUAGUGGCAGGGAACAGUCUGGACGAAACUUAGGACUACCCCUGCAUCAUCAGUUUAAUCCUCUUAUGCUUCGAUCAGCCCAACCCAUGUUAUAUAUUCAAUUAACAGAACAUAGCUGCAGUGAUGUACCAGUAGGUUCAAAAACAAAUUUUUUCCCUGCGGCUAUUAUGGCAUUACCUCACAAGGCAACUUAUGAUGAAGAAUAUGAGCCUAUUGGUAUAGAGAGUGACAUUGAUGGUGACCCUGUAAGACCUAUAACCUCCAAGAAACUGGAGGAACUGUAUGACAUACCUGUGGGUGCUACAACAGUGGACCUUCCUCCUGGUGUUUUUUAUAGAGUCCGAGCUACUCACAAGUAUAUAGCAGAGGAUGGGGACGAACUAGACUUUGAACCUGGUGAGAUCAUUCAGGUAGUAGAAUAUGAUGAUCCAGAAGAACAGGAAGAAGGAUGGCUGAUGGGUGUCAAGGAGUCAACCAAUGAAAAGGGUCUCUUCCCAGCAAAUUUCAGUCGUCCCAUUUAAGA